CGGAGCUCUGUGAGGACGCAUCUGUGGAAGAGGAUGCAAUAAGAGAGAGGUGAGAGGGAGAUCAAAACGCACUGAGAAAACAAUAGGACACAGCCGCAGAUCUGUUGUUGGUUAAGAUGACUCACCUGAAGCAGUUUCAAGGCAUUCCCAUGUCAAAGUCAAUGAGAGGUUUGUGUAGAGAGGAGGACUAUGCAUUUCUGGGAAUCUCAGAAAGGACAAGAGAAGAAAAGACAGAAGGAGCGGCAGCUUUAGAGGACGACUGGAGAGACAAGAAGGAGGAGAGGGUCCGCAGGCAAUUAGAAAGGGAGCAGCAGGAAAAAAGCAGACUGAGAGAAAUAGAAGCGAGCAAGAAGGAGAAAGAGGAGCAGUGGCGCACUCAUGUAGCAGAGCUGACCUCCAGCCAGGAGAAGACUCUGCAAGACAGACUGACAAGGCUGCACAGAUUCAGGGAGUUCCAGAGGAAGGUGCUGGAAGAGGAGUCUGGAAAGGAGGGUGCAGCAAGCGGCCAAACAGACAACUAGCUCCUCACCAAGAUGUAGAUGCACUGAGAGACACCAAGAAGGAGGCUGAACUAAUAUAAGUUUA